AUGUUUACUCUCUUCAAGACUGUCCUGGGCCUGUUGAUCUGCGCCACAGUCGUGCAUGGUAAUGUGCAGCAUCCGUUCCGCGCACGACUGAACACGGUGCAGCCUCCUCCAAGGAUUCACCCCAGCAACCAGCUGAGAACCCCUCUCGCGGCCGAGUCUUACGAUACAGGCUCAUUCUCCGCUGUGGGGGAUCCUACCCUGCUGUCCGUCUCACACUUCACUACUCUGAGCCAUCCGGCGUUUCCGAAUCACAGCGUGCGCAUCAAGAAGGCCAAUAUAUGCGAUGGAGACGAAGCCUACACUGGAUACUUCGAUAUCGAGGCACGACACCUGUUCUUCUUUUUCUUUGAAAGCAAGAACGAUCCCGACAAUGAUGAUGUCAUAUUUUGGACGAGCGGCGGUCCGGGCUGUGCUGGCUCCCUCGGGCUAUUCAUGGAUUUUGGUCCAUGCAAGAUCACCAAUCCCAAUGGCACGGUCCAUAACCCUUACUCAUGGACGGAGAAGGCAAGUGUAUUCUUCGUCGACCAGCCCAUCGGUGUCGGGUUCUCGUAUGCCGAUUACGGUGAAACGGUGAGCACGACCGAAGAGGCUGCCAAGGAUAUUGCGGCGUUCGUAGCUAUAUUUUUUGAGCAUUUCACCAAGUUCAAAGGGAAUGCUUUCCAUAUGGCUUCAUCGUCGUACGGCGGCCGCUACAUACCCGUAUUCGCGUCCGAGGUAUACGACCAAAAUGCGAAACUCGUCGAAGCUGGCAUGACCCCAAUCAAUUUGACCUCUAUAAUGAUAGGAAAUGGUUGCACCGAUGUGACAACCAUGUUACCUUCUUACUACGACAUGCAAUGCACGGGUGUUACGGCGCCGCCCAAAAUUGGGAUCAGCUCGUGUGUCCGGCAGAAAUUGGCGCUUCCCCGGUGCGAGAGGUGGUUGAAGGAGUCCUGUAGGGAUUCAUAUGACGCGAUGAACUGUCGUGCAGCAGUUGACUUCUGCGGGGCCGAGAUAGAGGAGCCUUUCAAUUCUGCUCGCUAUAACCCGUAUGAUAUCCUCAAGCCUUGUGACGGAGACAUUGAAGAGACAUUGUGCUAUCCAGUCACAAACGCUAUUGAAGCCUACCUUAACAGACCAGAUAUUCGGACAAUCUUAGGUGUAGAUCCUGCAAUCUCUGGCAAUGUCAGCGCCUGCAGCAACCGCGUAAACGAUGACUUCAAUUCAGCCGGAGACUAUCACUUCCCGACGCAGUACUACCUCGCCGCGCUGCUCGAACGCGGUAUACGUACUCUGCUCUACGUCGGCACAAGAGACUGGAUUUGCAACUGGGUGGGCAACGAGCGCAUGACAGUUGCGAUGGAGUGGACCGGACAGGAGGCAUAUACGGCUGCAGAGAAGAGGAAGUGGUAUGUCGACUCCGAGGUUGCUGGCUUGGUGAAAAGCGUCGGACCGUUCACCUUUGCCACUGUCCAUAAUGCGGGACACAUGGUCCCGUAUGAUGUUCCGAAGGAGUCGCUGGCAAUGAUCAAUCGUUGGUUGGCCGGGGAGGAGCUGUAG